CGCCUCAGUUUCCUCUCUGCGGUCGACAGCGCUUCCCGCCUCCUCCACCACCUCUGCUGCACAAUCCCGCACCCGUGUUUUUCUCACUCGCCCGCGCCGCGUUGCGAUCCGAAUAACAUCCAGCCGCUGGCUGUUUCUUAAGUCCCGCAUCUGCGGCGAUUAUAUACAGUUGCUGUGCUUUUGUGUUGUCUACAACAUUAUAUAGUAGCGUGUCGUGUGUGAGAGCUGUUGGGGGAAGAAGAGAAAGAAAAAGAGCGCCGUUUUCAAAAAAGGGAUUCGAAUUUACAAAGAGCCAAAAAGGGAAAGUCGACGGCUUCCCGCUGAGAUUCACGCUAGAACAAACUGAAGGCGACAGGAGGAUCAAACCCGCAGUAGCUGAUCAAUCGUCGGGGCCAGCAGCCCAGAUCCACCACCGCGGGUCUACACACACAAGAGUGGAAUGUUUUAAAAAACAAACAAGACUAUAGAAUCUCGAGCGACAUGUUAUUUUGCAAACGAUUCACGCGUUAUUCAUCGGGAGGAAUGAUGUUGGCCUUAUUAGCGCUGUCGCUAUUGGCCAUCGGACACGAGGCCGCCUCAGUUUCGCCCAUUUUGACGGAUGAAGAGACAUUCACCAGUUCCGAGUAUUACAGCAGCGUGGAAUCAGAGAUCAACAUCACUCCGCCGCCGCCGGCUGUUCCACUGGAUUUCGUUUAUCAUAACUACACGGCGCUAACGGAUUUCCUGCGAAAUGUUUCCUACCAUUACCCAGGAUUGACGCAUCUCUACUCCAUCGGCCAAUCUGUUCUGAAAAAAGAAUUAUGGGUGUUGGCUGUGUCGUCUACGCCCGACCGACACGUUGCGGGUAAACCAGAGAUGAAAUACGUCGGCAACAUUCACGGCAACGAACCCGUUAGCAAAGAGAUCCUCUUACAUCUCAUCCUGCACUUGGUGUCGGGGUACGGUCACGAUCCGGUGAUCACGUUGCUGUUGGAUCACUCCCGGAUCCACUUUCUUGUCUCCAUGAACCCGGACGGCUUUGAGAAAUCCUCGGAAGGAACUUGCUCCAACGACAAAGGCAGGAAGAACCAGAAGGAUUACGACUUGAAUCGGAACUUCCCCGAUCACUUCCAGCACAAUCAUUUCCCCCUGCAGCCGGAAACCAGAGCCGUAAUUCAAUGGAUGUCGAAGGUUCCGUUCGUUUUAUCGGCGGGCUUACACGGCGGGGCCCUGGUCGCUUCCUACCCCUACGAGAAUCAAAUCAGCCAACCCAAUCACAUGCUCGAACGAGAAGAGAACCCGACACCGGACGACGAUGUGUUCCGCCACUUGGCCGCCGUCUACGCCAAGAAUCACGCCACCAUGUGGAUGGGCAAGCCGUGCAAGCCCAAAUCGGAGAGCUUCGUCGGCGGGAUAGUUAACGGUGCCAAAUGGUACACGUUCGUAGGCGGGAUGCAGGAUUACAAUUACAUAUUCCACGGGACGAUGGAGAUCACGCUGGAAGUUUCCUGCUGCAAACAUCCAAUGGCCUCCACUCUGCGCCAACAUUGGCUGGAUAACCGAAAGGCUCUCAUUCUUUACAUGUACGAAGCACUUCGCGGUGUCAAAGGGUUCGUGAUGGAUGAAGAAUCCGGAUUGCCCGUCGGCGGAGCCCAGAUGAGCGUCAAAGGGCGCCAUCGGGAAUUCAACACGACGGCAGACGGCGAAUACUGGCGGAUACUUCUCAAUGGCUCCUACAUUCUCCAGGUUUCGGCUGAGGGUUACGAGUCUUACGAGGAGCCAUUCGAGGUGAUGGGAGACGAGGCGACGGUGCUGAACGUCACGCUGCGUCGUCUAGCGGUAAGUUUCUCAAGCACGUCAUCCUCUCCCACUCUACUCCCGACGGGCACGGUGGAGGACGCGUCGGGCAGCACGAACGACACGACAAGCCCAUCCGACCCUGACGAAUUCUCCGGUGACGGUAGUCAUAACACGCAGGAUCCCAGCGGAAUCCAUUCUAAUCCAAAUAAUAACAGCCUCACGACAUCGGUGACGGUGGCGACGCUUGACGCCGUGACGUCCAAUAAUGAAACGACGCCCAAUGAUUUACCGACUAAUCCCAAUGCCACCGCCGCUACCACUAACAACAGCGGCAGCAAUGAAGAUGACGAUGAUGAUGACGACGGAGACGACGACAAUGUGCACCCAUCUAACAAUGCCGAAGGCCCCUGGGCCGGCGCCGUCAUCAGUGCCGCUUCGAUCCCGCUGGCUUUCGGUGGCGGAAUCACGAUGCGCUUAUGUCUUACGCUGAUCACUGCCUGCACGAUUGUUUUUGUUCGAAAAUGAAAUAAUUCAGAGAAAAGAAAGACUUGCUAAAUCUAUAUAAUUCGCUUACUUUCCCGUCUUUAUGGUUGCUGUUUAUUCGCUUUCUUAUAUUUUUCUAAACUAACUUUUCCGGCUCGAUAUCGUUGAAAAUAACCUCUGCUCACUCGACUUCUUCUUCUUCUUCUUCCUGCCCAACUUCUUUUCAACUUCCAUCCAUACAUCUUCUCUCCACGCGCUGUGGGCGUUUUGAAUCAGGACUACCCGAGCUCUUUUUUCCAGCCGGCCGUCAACGUCGGAGCUCGAACGGCUCGAACCGGAUCUUCUGGAAUCUCACUUCAUUUCCUUUUAUCGGCUGGUCUGCUGCUCUGCUCGCUGCUGCUGCUCGUGUGAUUCAAUCGUUUUCUUUUUUCUUUUUCUUUUUUCGCAAUGAAAAGAAGGCGCCAAGUUCAAUAUGGUUAAAUCUAACAAUGGAGUAUGGCUUAUGAUAUAUAUACUUUUCUCGGCCAACGGAGUUGUAGAAAAGUUUUGCGAGAUCGCCGGCGCUAUUCGGAAAAAAAAUCGAUUGAUGCCCUCCUAUAUUCGCAGUCGUUUUAUUCAAAUCGAGUUUCGACUAUAUAUCAUACAUUGUGUACAAUCAAAUCAAUACAUUAUCAAGUCGACAUCAUCAAA